UAGUGGCAAAAUCGGGUACAGCAAGUCAAGUAACAGCCAAUAACUUAAUAAGAUAGACUAGUUAAGAGAGAGAAAGAAAAAAAGAAAUUUGUAGAAAGUGAUGGCUUCUAAUGGAAGUGUAAAUCCUUCAUCCAUGAAAAUCCCAGAAAUAAAGUUCACCAAGCUAUUCAUCAAUGGACAAUUUGUUGAUGCCAUCUCUGGAAAAACGUUUGAAACGAUAGAUCCCAGAAAUGGAGAAGCGGUGGCGAAGGUGGCGGAAGGAGACAAAGAAGAUGUAGACUUAGCUGUCAAGGCUGCCCGUCAAGCAUUUGACCAUGGCCCUUGGCCUCGUAUGUCUGGUCAUGCAAGGGGAAGAAUAAUGUUGAAAUUGGCGGAGUUAGUGGAGCAGCACGCAGAAGAAUUAGCAGCAUUGGAUACAAUAGAUGGAGGGAAGCUUUACAGUUGGGGGAAAACCUUGGACAUUCCUGGAGCUGCAUCAAACAUAAGGUAUUACGCAGGAGCAGCAGAUAAAAUCCAUGGAGACACGUUAAAGAUGUCACGUGAUUUGCAAGGGUACACACUACUUGAGCCAGUUGGGGUGGUGGGCCAUAUUAUACCAUGGAACUUUCCAACAAAUAUGUUCUUUAUGAAGGUUGCGCCUUCUUUAGCUGUUGGAUGUACAAUGGUUGUUAAACCUGCUGAACAGACUCCUCUGUCUGCUUUGUUUUAUGCUCACCUCUCCAAAUUGGCUGGCAUUCCUGAUGGUGUAAUCAAUGUGAUCACUGGAUUCGGACCCACUGCUGGUGCUGCUAUUGCAUCUCAUAUGGACAUUGACAAACUUAGUUUUACUGGUUCCACCGAGGUAGGACGACUAGUAAUGCAAGCAGCAGCAACAAGCAAUUUGAAGCAAGUUUCCCUUGAGCUUGGAGGAAAAUCCCCUGUCCUUAUCUUUGACGAUGCUGAUGUUGAUGUUGCUGCUGAUCUUGCCCUUCGCGGCAUUGUUUAUAAUAAGGGAGAAAUUUGUGUGGCUGGGUCUCGAGUUUUUGUUCAAGAAGGGAUUCAUGAUGCAGUAGUCAAGAAGUUAGCAGAGAAGGCAAAAAACUGGGUUGUUGGAGAUCCCUUUGAUCCUACUGUUAAUCAAGGGCCACAGGUUGACAAGAAGCAAUUUGACAAGAUACUUUCUUACAUUGAACAUGGAAAGAGAGAAGGAGCUAACUUAUUAUGUGGUGGUAAUCGUCAUGGCGAGAAGGGUUACUUCAUUCAACCUACUAUAUUCACCGAAGUUGAGGAUCAUAUGCUGAUUGCUAGAGAGGAAAUAUUUGGACCCGUCAUGUCAUUGAUGAAAUUCAAGACCAUUGAGGAGGCGAUUGCGAGAGCAAAUGACACACAAUAUGGGCUAGCAGCAGGGAUAGUAACAAAAAAUAUAGACAUUGCAAACACAGUAUCGAGAUCAAUAAGAGCUGGUGUGAUUUGGAUCAAUUGCUAUUUUGCAUUUGAUCUUGAUUGUCCAUAUGGUGGCUACAAAAUGAGUGGAUUUGGAAGAGAUUUAGGGAUGCAAGCUUUAUACAAGUAUACCCAUGUCAAAGCUGUUGUGACACCUAUUUACAAUUCUCCUUGGCUAUAAUUGCAAAACAUAUCUUACAACUAUAUAAUUAUAAUUAAAUAUAUUAUAUAAUUCUUCUCUGUAAUAACUUUUAUGGAUCAUGAAUUUAUUAUUCCCCCUUUAAAAUAUUAUAGCCCAUCUCUAAAUUACGGAUCAACUAUUUGUUCUACAAGGGCUAAUUUUUAAUGUCUAUUUGCAAAGAAAGGUAUUUU